AUGGCGAGUAGUUCAUCGCGCAACAUAACACCCACCAAGCGACUCCUCACGGAGCUCCAAGCCUACCAAUCCGACCCCAACGAAGCGCUCCUCGAGCUCGGCCCAAUCAAUGACGAUGAGCUGAUGCAAUGGCGCGCCGUCAUGAAAGGUGUAGAAGGCACAGCGUACGAAGGUGGUCAAUGGGAACUCUUAAUCUCAAUUCCCUCAUCAUACCCCAUGGUCCCGCCAACAAUCCGCUUCGCAACUCCCAUCUGCCACCCCAACGUCGACUUCCGCACCGGCGAGAUAUGCCUCGAUGUCCUCAAAGAUCGCUGGACGCCCGCCAUGCAGAUUUCCUCGAGCUUGACCUAUGUCCACCAGCUGCUGACGAGUGCGGAACCCGAUUCCCCGCUCAAUGUCGAUAUCGCGCAGUUGUUCAGGGCGGAGGAUUAUGUCGGGGCUGAGGCGCUGAUCAGGUUCUAUACCGAGACGGAAAGGUGGGGUGGGGUUAGGAGGGAGACACGAUAG